AUGUCAUUCUGUGGAGUAUCCUUCAAUUCGUUGGAGACAGCUGUCUGCCGCCAUCUACCUCUUCGUCCACACCCCUCCUUGUCGGCGGGUACCACCUGCUCGUGGUCAAUGGCUACUCACGCACAAAGCAGGACACCCCCAACGGCAAGUGCAUACGGUCAGACUACUUCAAGCUCGGAGGCCAUCGCUGGAUCAUCGAGUACUACCCUAAUGGCUAUGAACAGGAGAAUACCGACUACAUAUCCUUUUUAUCUCGUUCUCGACGAGCACAACAUCGUCGAGCCUGUCGUGGCGCAUGCAAGAGAGAGCUUCGAGAGAUCGAAGCAUCUCAGGAACGACAGUUUCACUAUCAGGUGUGACGUCUCCAUCACUAAGAAUGUCAACAUCGGGGAAGCAGGCGCCGCCGUGCGGUUUGUUAACGUGCCUCCUCCUGACAUUCAGCAUCACCUCGGUAGUCUCCUCCUGUCACAGGAGGGCACCGACGUGACAUUUCAGGUCGGCGACGAGAAGUUCAUUGCGCACCGGUGCUUGUUUGCGGCCCGCUCUGCCGUCUUCAAGGCCGAGCUCUUUGGCGCCAUGAAGGAGGGGACAACAGACACCGUCGUGCAUAUCGACGACAUGGACGCGAAGUCUGAAGAGGAGGAAGAAGAGUAUAUGUGGCAGGACCUGCUUGUGGCAGCGGAUAGAUAUGACGUCCCGAGGCUUCGACUGAUCUGCGAACGCAUGCUGUGCCCAUACAUCAACACGGAUACGGUGGCAACUAUGCUUGAGCUCGCUGACAAGCACCACUGCAAUGGACUGAAGGAUGCAUGCUUGGAUUUCCUCAACUCUCCGGCAAAUCUGCAGGAAGUAACGGCGGCUGGUGGCCUGAAUGAUCUGACUAUCAGCUGUCCUGCUGUCCUUAUAGAGCUUAUCGCCAAGCUUACGUCGUCGCUUAAGCUUGAUAAUAAAAUGAUAAUCCGCACCUAG